GUGGAGUUUCUCCUGUAAAGCUGGAACCUCCUUCUUCUUCGUUUGCCAUGUGCUGCAUGAAUUGGGCCAUGUCACGCAUGGCCUGGGGAUUUCUCCUCAGAGAUUCGGGGAUCACAAAAUCCCCAUUAACACGAGGAUAGGAUCCUCGACUGGAUUGUCCCUGGGGGUUUUGACUCCCCGGGGUGUGACUCCUCCCGUGACGGUGUGAACCGUCGUUUGUAUGAUAGGAAUUGAUUCUGACAUUUUUAGAAAUAGAGGUUUUUUGGAUGUUUAGAAAGUGAAACUUUUUGCAAGUUUCCCACAGACGGCGCCAAUGUUGAGGGUAAGUCCCGUAGAUCCGAAAGCCCAACACGAACUUUGGAUAUAUCAGGAAUGGCCCAGAAUCAAGGUGUACGAGAAAAUAUAAGAUGUGAACUAACUAAAACUCGAAAGCUCACUUGUAUUAAUUAACCAAUCUGAUUACAAGGGAUUUCCCGAUCGAUAAGUCGGAAACUAUGCCUUAAUACAAGAAAUAAGAGCAAAUGAUGCUAUUCUAGAGCUUGAGUAUUGAAAUGCUAACCCUUACAAUGACUUGAAACCUUCUAUUUAUACUAAUGGAGAGCAUGGGCUGCCUCUUGCUGAUUGGCCGUUGUUCCACCGACUUGGUCAUCCAUGCUUCCACUUGCUGAUGUCAUAGUCUGGCAUUAACUGCACCUGGCCACUUGCUGGUUGGCCGUUGCUCGAACGGGAUGUAGGCCCGUACUGAAGAUGCUGUCAAAUUGGCCCAAGUAUAAUAUAUAGUCCGAACCUUGUUCGGUAUGUCUUCUUAUUGGGCCAACCUUUAUUUGGGCCGAACCCCGUUCGGUAUGUCUCUUUAUUGGAUCUUUUCAUCAUGGAGUGAUGGGCCUGUUACUUGGGCCGGACACCUUGGGCCUUCCCGAACUGGGUAUUGGGCCUUUAGGCCAAUAUCCCAACAGUGUACUAAGCAACUAUAUUUUGUACAAAGACAUGUUAAUAAUUAAUAAAUUGUAAUUUCAAUUAUAGUGGGUAACUUAAUUUUAACUAAAUUAGUCAAGGGCUGUAUUAGUAUGUCUCGGCUCCCCUUUACAUAGUAUAACAUCUCUCAAGGGCUUCUAAAAGUAGCUUAACUUCAUUCAUUCUUAAUUGACAUUUUUUGAUAUACUUCCAACCUGCUGCCAACAUAUAGCAAUGGAGGUCUCUAACUAUCACACCUCUUCGAGUCCCCUGUUUUGUCUUCCAAGAACCCAGUCCCAAAAGACAUUGAGGUCGGCUAACAUGAAUCGAUACAUGAUAUCACCGCCAAAAAGAAAUGAAAGAAAAUAAAGAUAAAAAAGAUAGGUUAUUAUAAAAAGAUAAUAUAAAAAGAGAUGAAUAUACAUAAAAAUCACCUUAGACUUUUUGAUAAAUAAAAAAGUUUAACCAAUAUUAUUACUACCUUCGUAACAAAUAUAUCUUCCCAUUUGAAAAGUAAGUGAGAUUAAGAAGAGUGAAAGGAGAUAUAAAUUAUUGAGGGUAUGAUGGGAAUAUAAUGAAAUAGUGUGCUAGAAUGAAGAAUAAAUCCAAAUAAAAAGUAGUUGUAAUAGUGUACUCUUUUCGUUCUUUUUUAGUAGCAACGGUCAACAUUUCACAUUUGCCAACGACGUCUUUGACCGUAAUUAUAUCUUAAUUCUGUUAGCAAAAAAAAUAUUAAAAAUUAGAUUUUGAAAAUUUGUAAUGAGAUGAAUUGAACAAUAUUUUUUAAAAAUAAUAAUUUUCAUAAAAUAAUAGUGUAAGAUGCAGUCAUAGUAGAUCAUGUGAAUAGUGUAGAAUUCAACAUGUUGCGAUUAAAACAGAACGGAGGAUAGUAUUAUUUUUAAAAUUAUUGAGGGUAUGAUAGGAAGAUUUAGAAAUGGGAAGAUAUGAAUGUUACAGCUAAAAAGGAAAGUGAGAAGAUAUGAGUGUUACAGAGAGAGUAUUUAAUAUUACUCCCUCCGUCCCACUGGACUUUGCCAUCUUUUCUUUUUUGGUUGUCCCAAAAAACUUUGUCACUUUCCCAUUAAAGUAACUAUUUUGUGGUUCUACUAAUUUCUCUCUCCUCCGCACAAACUUGAACCACACAACUUUUACUAUUCUUAUUUCUCACCUAACUUAAGGAGUGCAAAGUCCAUUGAGACGGAGGUAAUAUUACUUAAUGAUUCGUACAAUAUAAUACUCCCUUCGUCCCGGAAUUAUCUUCAUUCUUUCCUUCUCGGUCUGUCCCAAAUUUAUCUCCUCUUUCUUUUUUUGGCAAAGAAUUUGUGGUUCACAACCAUUCUUACACAUUUCUCUUUCCUCUGCACAACUCUCAAUCACACGUUUCCAUCUUAAAACCCGUGCCCAGUCAAAUAAGGAGAUAAUUCCGGGACGGAGCUAGUAUAAGCUAGCAUACCGGCAAAGGGGUCAGUGAAAGUGAGCACUGCUAGCUUCAAAAUGGAAUAGAUAAACUAUUAACCUUGAUUUACCCAAGUUAACCUCGACCAAAUAGAAUGGAGAAGGGAAGAAAUAAUAGAAAGAUGACGUCUAUGCUUCUAUGGUGUGUAAGUGUGUUAAUAUUAACUUGAUAAAAAAAUCAUGUACAAAAGACAUGUAGAAAUCACAAAGUCCUCUCCAUUCCCCAAACGGGAGGAGGGGAGAAGAGAGUGGAAAUAGGAGAAACAUCAUAACAAAGUUUGUCAUCAUUAAAAGGGAAAAUUCCCAGGAAGUGAAAAACUGGCCUAUAUAUGAUUUCAGAAAACUAAGAAAUCCUUGCGGCCACUCUGCCAUUUUGAUUCUCUGAUUCCCUUUUCUGGGAUCAGAGAAUCAUUGCCUCCUUUCUCAUCUUCUUCCAUCUUUAUUUUCAAUACAAAAAUCGGCUCAAUAGAAGAUGAACAUUUCGAUACAAUGAGUUUAUUGUAGAGUUGGAUUGAAAGAAAGCAGAUAGGCUUGAGGAGGAGGAGGAGGAUAUUUUAUAUUCAACAUUUACAUAAAUAAGGCUUCAGGCAUUGGGAAGAUCAAAAUGGGUGCGGCUCAUAACGAUGAUGACGGAAACAUGGAGGGGUGGCUUUACCUCAUCCGUUUGAACAGGCUUGGCCUCCAAUAUUGCCGCAAACGAUAUUUCAUUCUUGAAGAUAAUUGUCUCAAAAGCUUCAAGUCAAUUCCUAUUACUGGACAAGAGGAGCCACUAAGAAGUGCAAUCAUAGACUCUUGCAUUCAUGUCAAAGACAAUGGAAGAGAGAGCUGCAAUAGAAAAGUGUUCUUCAUUUUCACCUUGUACAACACCUCUAACCAUAAUGAUCAACUCAAGAUCGGAGCUACUAGUCCGGAAGAGGCUGCCAGAUGGAUCUGUUGUUUAAGAGAUGCUGCUUUGAAUCCCGAAAAAAACUUACGGGCACCUGCAAUAAGAAAAUGGCAACCUUUCAGAUUGAGUGUCUCAAAGAGGAAUGCGCGAAAGAAGUCUAUAGACUGGACUGAUGCAUCUUCUUCACAUGUGGAUGCAAUGACAUCUGAUGUUAUAGGUCCUUCACCAUGGAAGAUAUUUGGAUGUCAAAAUGGUUUACGGCUAUUCAAAGAAGCAAAAGACAGAGAUUCAAAUGGAAAGCAUUGGGAUAGUCAUCCAGCUAUAAUGGCAGUGGGGGUAAUUGAUGGAACUUCUGAAGCCAUUUUCAAAACUCUCAUGACUCUUGGUCCCUCAAGAUCAGAAUGGGACUUUUGCUUCUACAGGGGGAGUGUGGUUGAGCACCUAGAUGGACACACCGAUAUUAUUCACAUGCAACUAUACAAUCAUUGGAUGCCAUGGGGGCUUAAACGAAGAGAUCUAUUGCUGCGGCGUUAUUGGAGAAGAGAGGAGGAUGGCACAUAUGUAAUCCUUUAUCAUUCUGUUGUCCACAGCAAAUGCCCGCCACAAGAAGGAUAUGUUCGUGCCACUGUUAAAAGUGGUGGACAUGUUGUAGUUCCUUCAAAUCAAGGCAAAUCAAGUAUUGUAAAACACAUGCUCUCUGUUGAUUGGAAGUUUUGGAAGUCAUAUCUUAGAAAAGAGACUUCAAGAUCCAUAACUAUAUGCAUGCUUGGGAGAAUUGCAGCAUUGAGAGAGAUGUUUAAAGCUCAACCUGGAAGUUACUUCUACGACGCUUCAUCUGGAGAGCUAACAAUAGAUAUUCAGCUACCUCUUGGCGAUAAGGAGCAGAGAAAAAAAGAAGUUUCUCCAGAAAGGGUUGAAGAAGAAAUUGAGAAACAUCCAUCGGGGCGCUCGAGCCUAGUCGGGUUGAAUGAUGUGGGAGAUGAGUUUUUCGAUGUUGCUGAACCAUCCGACGACGAACAGUCAGAUCACGGAUGGUCUUCUAGUUCUAGUCCAGAUUAUCACUCGGAUACAUAUCCACAGAAAUUAUCAUCUACUGCAAAUUUUGUCAAAAAAUUGCAGGAUCUAGCAGUUCAGAAGAAAGGUUAUGUUGAAUUACAAGAAAUGGCCUGGGAAGAGGGCGAGUCGGGCUGUUAUGGAUCCACUCUUCCUAAAGAUGCAAGUUACAGUAUGGCCUGCAGCUGGGCUGCUGCUGAUACCUCCUCAUUCUUGAUCCGAGGAGAGAACUAUCUGGAAGACCAUCAAAAGGUCACGGCGAAGGGCACAUUGGCGCAGAUGAUUGGUGCAGAUUGGCUACAAUCUGACAUUCGCGAAGAUGAUCUUGCUGGUCGCCCUCGAAGCAUCAUACAGAAAUAUGCCGCGCUGGAUCGACCAGAGUUCUUCUUUGUGAUCAACAUUCAGAUUCCAGGAACAACAACAUAUAACCUCGCCCUAUAUUAUAUGCUGAAAACACCUCUAAAAGAGAACCCUUUACUCGAGCGCUUUGUCAAUGGAGAUGAUGCUUUUAGGAAUUCAAGAUUCAAGCUCAUUCCAUACAUAUCUAAGGGAUCAUGGAUAGUGAAACAGAGUGUGGGUAAGAAGUCGUGUUUGAUUGGUCAAGCGCUUGAUGUGCACCAUUGCCGUGGCAAGAACUACUUAGAGCUGGAUGUUGAUGUUGGAUCAUCCACAGUUGCAAGAGGUGUUGUCAAUCUUGUUCUAGGCUAUUUGAACAACCUUGUAAUAGAAAUGGCAUUCUUAGUACAGGCGGACACACCAGAAGAUCUUCCGGAGCAGCUUCUCGGAACGUGUCGACUUAACCAUUUAGAUGCAUCCAAAGCAGUUCAUACUCACACCAUUAGCUAAUAAAAGAAGACAGUGAAUGAUGUUAGUCUUGGUAGGACUAACAUGAGAGUGUAAAUGUGUAAGUUUGGUGAAUAUUUUCUCUAAUUAAUUGGUCAAUGUAUGAAGUCAUAAUGUGUUGGCCUAAUUCAUUAUUGCAUUCUUCAUUGUAUAAUAUCCAUCUACAAAAACCCUUUCCCUUCACUUUUAAUCUAAUCGUUAAUAGAACAAUGAAAAGGGAAGGUAUAGUAAGAUAGUGUACAUAUAUGAUGGUGCACUUGAAUUUAUUGUUUG